UGAACUUGUUUUCCAAAGGAGUAAUAUUCCUUUCUGCAAUUAUUUAGUCAGACACUGCGACAGUAGCUUUUGGAAAAGGACCUCAUCCAUUGGAUCUAAAUUUAUAAACGGUUGAAAUUGCGCCAUUCACUUUUCCGUUGUUACGUCUGCAAUUACAUUACAUACAUAUAUACGGAGACCAAAACGAAAAAGCUAACAGUCGUCUAUGGCGGACGACGAGACAUGGUCCUUGACGUCAGGCCACAGCUUCCAUUACGACAUAUUUCUCAGCUUCAGAGGAGAAGACACAAGUCACAACUUCACCAACAAACUCUACAAUGAACUCGUACGUAACGGCGUACGUACAUUCAUCGACGAUGAAGGCUUAGAUCGCGGCGAAGAGAUCGCACCGAGUCUAGUCACAGCGAUUGAAGACUCAGCGGCUUCAAUCGCGGUGAUAUCGGAGAACUACUGUUCUUCAAAGUGGUGCUUAGAAGAACUGGCAAAGAUCGCGGAAUGCAAAAGGCAAUUGUUGCCUGUUUUCUAUGGAGUUGACCCAUCGGAUGUAAGGAGACAGAAAGGUCCAUUUGAGGAGCAUUUUAGGAAUUACGAUAUUUUGGUGGAACCAGAGAAGGUUUCUCGGUGGAGAGAAGCUAUGAAGAAAGCUAGUAAUACCGCCGGUUGGGAUUCUAGGCUCUGGUAUAUACUUUCAUCCCUUUAUCUUUUCCUCUGCCUCAAAAUUUCAACCUAUAAAUUUCUCCCUCCGUCCAUUUUUAUUUGUCCUGUAUAUUAAAAAUAGAUGUCCACUUUUACUUGUUCAGUUAG